GUCCAGAGAUGACCUCAAUCAUGCCGAUUCAGUCAGCUUCCCAUGCGCUUUGGUCAGUAGAACGCAAGUCCUAAGCAGUCCUGCACUCUGAGACACCUCGAGUGCUGCAGAAGCCGUCAAGAUGAAGUGCUCUUUGUCGAUAUGUUUGGCUUUCUUGGCCGCUUCGGCCGUUGCGGCUCCUUGGGACCUGCCAAGAAGUCAGACAGAACGGCUGGAAGUCAGGGAUGACACCCCCGUCGUCGACCUUGGAUAUGAGCAGCAUUCUUCAAGCAUCAACAGUACAGGAAACUAUUAUCUUUUCAGCAAUAUUCCGUACGCCCAGCAACCCAUUGGGGACCUGCGCUUCCGGGAGCCAAUACUGCCAGCAGGCACGAACAGUACUGUGAACAGUGGCAGCACGUCCAACAUUGAGUGCAUGCAAGCUUACCCAGAAUGGAUCAUCGAACUUCAAGCUGCCGCGAACGGUGUCGAUGUCGCGACUAUGGCAUAUCUCUUGUACAACUCCGGCGCACAAACUGAGUCAUGUCUGGUCCUCGAUAUUUAUGUCCCAACCGACAUUUAUAAUGCUGGCUUGGUUGCCGCUGCCCCAGUUCUCGUCUGGAUUCAUGGAGGAGGUUUCGCUUACGGUUCAAAGACCGGUUCCGGACAAGUCGCUGGUCUUCUCGCACGCUCGAACAAUACUGCCAUCAUCGUAUCGAUCAAUUACCGGCUGGGUAUGUUCGGCUGGCUAGAUGGCUCUGACGUCACGCCAAACCUUGGCUUGUACGAUCAACGCCUUGCCUUUGAGUGGAUUGAGAAGUAUAUAAGCAAGUUCGGCGGCUCCCCAAAGCGCGUGACCGCUCUGGGUGAGAGUGCAGGUGCAUCCUCUCUCAUGCACCACAUCACGGCCUACGGUGGUGGCGAGGCUGCACCUUUCGAUCAGGCUGUCAUCAUGAGUCCAGCGUACCAGUUCAACCUUAAUGGCUCAUAUGGCUAUGACCUGACCAUGGAAGUGGCUACAAACUACACUGGCGAGAAUAUCGACACGACUGAUGAGUUACGGGCUUUGAGCUCGGCUCAGCUAAAGUAUAUCAAUCAAGGGGUUGUUUAUACAGCCUUGGUUGGCUUAUUUAACUACGGCCCUGUGGUCGAUGGCACUUAUGUUCCAAACCACCCUCAGGUACUCUUGCUAGAAGGCAAGUUCGACCAUUCGGUCAAGUUGAUGAUCAGUCAUACCUCAAACGAAUCAGUUCCUUUUACUUCGACCAAUGUUACAACUUCUGCCCAACUUCGCGAAUACGUCAUCGGCCAAUUUCCUGGACUCGAUAAUGAGACCUAUAACUAUAUGCUUGACGUAGUGUGGCCCGAUGUUCUUGAUGGGACAUACCCAUGGACCACUGAAUUCGCUCGCGCAGUGAGAAUUGGCACCGAGAUUCAGUUCGCCUGUUCAGCUCGCUACCUCUCUGCUGCGUUCAAAAACGCCACUUACGACUACAUAUUCGCGUACCCACCUGGAUACCACGCACAGGAUGUUCCUUUCGUCUUCUUCAAUGGCGACACGACUACUCUUAACAACGGCCUUCCUGUCGAUCCAACCAUUGCACACGCUAUUCAAGAUCAUAUCGUCACCUUUACUUUAACGGGGGAUCCUAAUUAUAUCGGCCAGGCCGUCACGUGGCCGCAGUACGGCUCAGCUGCGCAAACUCUUGAAUACACAUACACCGGGCAAGUCAUAGUGACCGAUGACCUGAAGAACAACCGAUGCGCAUGGAUCCAAGGAGCCAUGGCUAACGGAACCAUGUGAGUGGAGGAUCCUACACGGCCAGGCGGGCGUUGUGAUAGAAGUAGAUUGUACAUAGUAUGGGAGAAACAGCGCUAAUGACCACUACUGUAGGGUGGGCAAGAGCACAUGUGAUGAUGACCGCAACAAGGGCAAGAACUGGAAGAU